AUGAAUCGGCGGGUGCGGAGGAGGGCGGUGGCUCCGGGCGCGGCGAGGUCGCAAAUGUCACGCCCUCGCUUGCGCUUUUCGCGGCCACGGUCAGCCGAAGGCGGCGGUGGUGAGCGCGGCGCGACGGCAAAGUUGCUGCUGGAGCUUCGUCGGAAUAUUGCCUCCCGCGACACGAUUAUCAGCAACCUUCGCCUGGAGCUGAGCUCACUGCGCCAGGCAAAGCAGCAGGCGCAGGAGCAAAUAGAUGCGGUGUCGGCGGAGGUGGCCGCGAUCCAUGCACGCUGUGAGACGCUCUCCGCGGAUGUGUGCCUCAAGGAGCGAACUAUUGAAGAUCUCCAGAAGCGCUGCGGCGCCGCCCAAUCGACGGCGGUGAAGGGGAGUACGACUAGUGGCAGCAUUGAUAACGGCAGUGGGAGUGGUGCCCCGGAGGUGGUGGAGCCCGGGCAGCGGCCAAAGGAGGGUCGCCUGCAGCAACGUGCGGCAGAUACGGCCAUUGGAAGCCUUCAGCAGCGGCUGCAUCCAAUAGAGGUGAGGGGGUUGUAUUUGUCACGUGCCACCGGCACUGAGACGCAGCAGCAGACGCAAUGGGGGAAGGAGGAGGAGGGGGAGGAGGAGGAACGGGAAGGCCUGCGCGGUGAGCUGCUGCGCCUCCGGCAGUGCCUCGAUAGAGAGGAGGAGGCCCGAGGCGAGUCGGGGCGCUUGUGGCGCCGGCGUCUUGAGGCCGACCUGCGCACGGCGGAGUCCGAGUUGAGCACGGCUAGGGCCGAGGUGGAGGCGUGCAAGCGGGAGGUGGCAAGAAUGCAGAGGCAGGUCACGGCCGCAGGCUUCAUGGAGGCGCAAUUGCAGGCCGCCCGCAAUGAGAAUGACGCCUUGCAGCAGCGUGUGUGUGAGCUGCGGGAGGAGAACCUCGCGCAGUCCGCACGUGAGCGGGAGCUUCUGGACGAACUGCGCGCCACGAAAGAGGCGUACGACCGCCGCGAGGAUGAGGUGUCGUCGCUUCAGCGUCGGCUGCGGGCUUCAAGGGAGAAAGAGGGAGGGCUGCGGGAGGAGGUUGAGACGCUGGAGGGGAGACUGCGCGCAGUGGGGCCUGCCGCUUCCUACACGCACCACCGGAACGACGGCUCCGGGGCGGUGCCCGCCAACGCCCCCCCGCCGCACGAACUCAGCAGUUACGCGGCGCUCAUGGAGCUCAACGCGCGGCUGCAGCAGCGGCUGGCCUUGUUGGAGGCGGAGCUGCAGCAGGCGCGGAAGGCGGCGCCGGCAGCCCACGCAGCGGCGGUCGCAGCCGCCACCUCGGACGAAGGCGUGGGUCUUGUGAAGGAGCGCGUCACACAACUUGACAAGUGCGUGUCGGAGCUGCAGCAGCGGCUGGCGCAAACUGGGGCUUUUCUCCAGCAGCAGCAGCAGCAGCAGGCCCAGUUUGCCACGUCGCAGCUCUCGUGUGAGCGGAUGCGGACGGAGUUGAACGCCGUCCGCGACGCGUACGGCGCGCUCUCAGACUGCUGGGGCGCACUCAUCGAGGAACUCGCAGGCGUGGGGUCCAGUGGGGCGGCCACGGCGGGGGAGGACACGCAUGCUGGCAGGCAAGCAGCGCCACUUGAGGGCCCGCGUCCAUCCGCCAUUCGCAGCCGUUUGCAGGAUGUGCAGCGGCACGCACUCCUGACGGCGGAGGACGCCCCAGCCACCAUUGCGGCCUUGCGGGCAGAAGUCUCUCGGCUGUCCGAGUGUCUUCGGCAGCGCGAGGAGGAGUUGGGGCAGACGCGGCGGGAGCUGGUGGCGGCGAAGCUGGAGCUUGACAACGUGCGGCGGCGAGCGGCGACAUGCGAGGGGAUUGGAAGGGGCGUCGGUGAGCGCAAGGUCUCCUCUUUGCGCGCCGCCCGCAUGGAGUUGGAGCAUUGGCGACAGCAGGCGAUGGAACGUGCGUUGGCCUGUGAGACGUUAAACAAACAGUGUGAGGAGCAGCAGCAGCUCAUUACUUCCCUGCAUGCUUCCUUGCGCCUGAACCCCACCACACCCUCACUGACGUCCGGCUUGGGGCUUAUUGUGGGGGCGGACGGGAACGACGACCGCAUCAUAGAGGAGGCGUUGCGCGAGGAAACGGCGCGGUUGGACGAGGAGAUGAACGCGCUGCGUCGCGAAGUGCGCACAAUGAGGCGGGAGCGUGACCACUGGAAGGCGGUGGCAGCGGGUACCGCACCGCCAGCCUCGUGA